CUGGUGCGCACACAGGCUCCGCUUUUACGCAUCACUUGCUCAUGUAGAUGUAAAUGUGCAGAAUCUACCUCGUCCUCCUUGUACGUAGGACCAUGUUAUGUUUGGAUUUUAUAUAGAAAAAAUACCAUCGUGUCUUUCAGUUUUAAACACCAUCCAUAGUGAAGCAUACAUCAGUGUGUAUCAGUAUAGAUCACUGAAAAGUUUCCGUCAUGGGAGCGCAUGGAUGGAGCUUCGCGCGUCUUGGGUUUGUCGUCUGUGGAUAUUUAGCAUUUUUCUGCGGGGAAAUUGUUCCACAAGCUGAAGCGGGCUGUAGGGAGAGAGAGAGCCCAAACUGCUGCACCGGCCGGAAUAAUGAAUGUUUUGAGUAUACCAAGAGAAAAACUGUGUGCUACUGUGAUGCCUAUUGUCAGAAGACCAGAGACUGCUGUGAGGACUAUCAGCGCGUCUGCCAAGUAUCUGCAGCCGUUGACUGUGUUGUGGGCUCAUGGGGUCCCUGGUCAUCAUGCACAUCUGCUUGUGGAGUUGGCAGCACAGAAAGGAGUCGCCAAGUAUCUGUUCCCCCUAGAAACGGAGGUACACCCUGUCCUGACCUCAAACAGCGCAGAGGAUGCUUUGGAAACAACGCUAUUUGCAGCACUGCAAAAGAGGUGGCAAAGAUCCUGCCUGAUUCUUUCAAGAGGAACUUUAAGGACCCAUGGAGACGGCCACACAUGCUGAUGAAGGAGGAAAAGGCCAGUUACUGUGUGUACCUGCGAGUGAAACAGGCCAGUGCAGCAUGUAAUCUCAAACUAUGGAGUGCUCAGCUGGUGAGAGAGAGGUUGGUGUGUGCAGAGUGCCAGAGUGAUGCCAUGUCUAAGUCAGACCGCUGUGGAGGUGAGGGUCUGGAGAACAUCAGAACAUUCUGGGCAGCUGCUUCAGUCACUGGAUGUCAUGGUGCCUGGGUGCGAGAGUCGUCUUCUGAGGGCUGCCGGUGUCCGCCCUACUCUGUGCUCUUUGUUUGAGCUGACAUGCAAACCCCAGACAUUCAUAUGCAGGGAUAUGAUUUCCCACCUCCUGUUAACUGUGGAGAGCCAUGGCAGCCAAGCCAGACCCCUCUGACUCAGAUUACUGAAGGGAUAACUCAAGAAGAUCAGCAGCAUCCUGCCACUUUUCUUUUCACUUCAUACUCUGUACUGUAUACACUACCACUGAGCACACAGAAAGUUACAUUUAACUUCUUACUUUUCAGCCACAUUAUGCACUCUGUCCCCUCCAAAGCAUCUUUAUGCCUUUUUACCUCUAAAUCUUUUCUACUGUAUCUACCUCCACCAAUUCAAGUGUGUAUGUUAUUGCAUUAUGUAUAAAUAUAUUCUACUUUAUACAUUUUCUACUUAUGAUGGUUUAUGUGUAAUGAAUGUCUAUAUAGUUACACGUAGUUGUAUUCAACAUUUAAACACCGAACAACAGUUGCUGCAUCCAGUUUUAGCCCCAGUCCAAAAAAGUCCAAAAUUACCUAUGGGUUGGAGAAGCUAAAAACUGGAUCAUUCAAAUUGUGUCCAUCAUUAAAAUCAUUCCGUCAAUAUCAAUCAAUGUCAAUAUUUUACUUUAAAAAAAAUGACACCAACAAUUAAGUUGAAUAUCAGGUACUUAUUCUCAGGUGCUUAACUUAAAGUGUCUUCUUUAAUGUCUGCAUCUUCUAAUGGUGAGUUUCUAAUGAUUUUGUUAGUUUAAAGCAACUCAUAGCUGAAAUCAGACCCAUCUAUUUAGACCUAAUAUUGUCGGAGGAAAAAGAGCCAUUUAAGAGAAUUUCACUGUAGUUUCCAUUGUCUGUGUCCAAGACAAGAACUGCUUCAUAGCUGAAUGUUCUCUCAUAGCCUGCCCUGCUCAGAAGUUGCUUUCACAAGGGAGCUUAUUCCAGCAAAGUACCAUCAAAUCAAUGUUACUCCCAUUUUAGUAAUUAACAGAAUUUCCUCCCAGCAUUCCUCACAGCUCCAUAGCCUCGAUGUCUCUACAGGAGUCAGUCAUCUGCCUCAGUGUGCCUUCCCACGUCUCUCUUAUACUGCUGGUUUAAGAGUAGGACAAGUGUUGCACCAGUAAAGGGCUUUUCUCUCUGGAAACCUGUGACUUUCUCUCUCUCCCAUAUUUGUGUCUGUGUUUGUGUGUUUAUUUAUUAUAAAACUAGUGAUGAUUUUAUUAGUGCAACACAGUAUACUCUGUACACAGUCCAUUAGAGACAAUAAAUAUGUCAUCUCUCACCCUCA